AUGAGGUACGAGAGCUACGCCCCGCAGCCGGCGUACUCCCAUGGUCCGAGCUACCACCAGUCGUCCUACAAGGAGCCAGCCAACUACGACACGCCCUACCAGUUUGACUAUGCCGUCAACGACCACUACUCCGGUGCCGUCUUCUCUCAGAACGAGAACAGUGACACCAAGAAUGUGAACGGCUACUACUCGGUCAACCUCUACGCCCCGCAGCCGGCGUACUCCCAUGGUCCGAGCUACCACCAGUCGUCCUACAAGGAGCCAGCCAACUACGACACGCCCUACCAGUUUGACUAUGCCGUCAACGACCACUACUCCGGUGCCGUCUUCUCUCAGAACGAGAACAGUGACACCAAGAAUGUGAACGGCUACUACUCGCACGUCACGUACGUCGCUGACCACGACGGUUACGGAGGCUACAUCGCCGAGAUGACCUACACUGGGGAGCCCCGCUAUGAGGAUCACAAGCCUAGCUACCACCCGGUCCCGGCCUACAAGCCUGGUCGCUCGCAUGCCCGUGCGCCGGCCUACAAGACCAUGUACUAA